AUGGAGGCUCCCAAGAAGGAAGACAUUCUUCUGUUGGCUGAUGAAAAGUUUGACUUCGACCUUUCGUUGUCUUCUUCAAGUGCCAAUGAAGAUGAUGAAGUCUUUUUUGGACCUAUUGGCCAUAAAGAAAGAUGUAUUGCUGCCAGCUUAGAAUUAAAUAAUCAAAUUCCCGAAGAACCUCCUUUGCCAGCUUCUGAAAGACACUUCACCUGGAGUCCACUCACAGGGGAAAAGUUUGUGGAAGUUUAUAAAGAAGCUCACUUACUGGCCUUCCAGAUACAAAGCAACGGCAGAACCAAGGCGGCCCAGGCCGCCCAGCCCGAAGACCCUGGGAGCCAGGGAGUGGAAAGAUUCAUACAGGAGUCAAAACUCAAAAUAAACCUCUUUGAUAGAGAAAACGAAAUGAAGAAAAGCCCCAAGUCACUUAAGCGGGAGACGUACUGCCUGUCGGACGGCCUCUGGAGGGCACCUCUGCUCCGGGGCACUCAGCCCGCCUCCACCACAGCCCUGCCAGCCUCUCCUGCCCAGGCCAGCCGCCCCGAGACCUCGGGGAUGCCACCCGCCUCGUGCCCUUCUCUGCCAGCAGAGACCAGUGCUGCUCAGCCUCCGAACCAGGCCGGGGCUCAGAAGAAGGUUGCCAGCAAGUUGCCGCCACCCCGAACCUCGUCCCUUCGAGGAAAGAGCCUUCAUUCGGCCAUGGAGAAGCCUGCGAGAGAGAAACCAGCUAGUCCUCCCGGGAUGAAAAUCCAAGAUGAAAAGGACGCCCAUGGCAGCAUGCCCCCGGACAAGCCCAGCACCGCCCGGGACGUCGCCAGCCUGCCCGCCAGUGGGAGCCACCUGGUCCCAGGCAAGCGGUCGCUCCCAGUUCCAAACAAGUCCGGGCCGAAGAAGACCAUGCUGAAGCCACCUGGAUGCGCUGGUGGCCUGGUGGGAAGGUGCUCGUCGGCUUCUGUCUCGGGCCUGAGCUCCGCUGCCUGUGCUUCUCCUGCGGCUGGCAGAGCUAAACCAAGUGAACGUCCAGGCAUCUCUGCAGACAGUGCCCGGUCAAGCUCCAGCCAGACGGGCAGAACGGGGCAUGGCCUGCCACGGCCGUCCCUGAAGGCGGGCCCCGGGGGCAUGGCCUGCAGGCAAAGCCAGAGGCCAGGGGCUGCGGAGUGGCCUGCGGAGCGGCCUGCGGAGCAGCCCAGGGGGCCCCCCAGAGCAGCCCUCCCCCAGCCCCAGACCCCGGACCAGGGAGGCCCUGGGCCGAGCUCUCACUGUGGUUUGCCACAGUCUUCUGAAAGGGACAAGACUGGGGGCACAGUGAGGCGCGGUGCCCGCCUGAGCUCCAAGGUGAAGGCUGUGCCUGCCCAUACGGAUCAGUUUAGAAUUCCCAGGCUUUCCACUGGUGAACCCCCGGAUGGUGCAACGCCGAAGUCCUGUCGGGCGCAGAGGCCACAGUCCUGCACAUCGGUGGGGAGGGUGGCCCACAGCACUCCCGUGAGGUGGUCCUCAGCCGCACAGAGCCUGGUCAGCAGCGUGAGGACCCCCGUGAGCACGAGGCGCCUGCCGGCCCUGCCUGCGCCUGCCGGCCGCCGGCUCUCCAGCCUCCCUCUGGCAACCCCCACGCCCAGGCCCAGGCCUCUGGCUUCUCCCCUGCCUGAGUCUGCUCUGCGACUCUCUUCUGAGCCCCAGAAAAAAUCCACAGUGAGAACUGCGCCCGCCAGGGAGGGCGACGGCCAGCCUGCGUCCAGGCGCCCUGACUCGUCCCCUGACGGGAGCUGCUCGCCUCCGUCUGCUGUGCCGCAGGCACUGGACUUUUCUCCAGAAAAGAGUGAUUUUACUUUUUCACAAAGUAUCACCGCAGAAGUCGCCCUGGACGAAGCACAGCCCCCUGAAGCCACAGCCCCCAGUGAGGCUCUCCUCGUGGAUGUCAAACUGGAUCAACUCAACCUCACCGUGGAGGCUGUGGCCACAGCCCUGGAUGACCGCCCGCUCAUCGACUUCUGCAGGAGCCCCGAGGCAGUUAUGGCCCUGCCGUCUGGAAGUGGGCCCCUGGUCGACCUCCUGACAAACACCCCAGAGGCGCACAGGAAGGCUGUGGCCAAGCCCCCCGACGAGGUGGGACAGCUCAUAGACUUGGCUUCCCCUCUGAUCCUGCUGAGCCCCGGUGCUGACAAGGAGAACAUGCAGUCUCCGCUCCUCAAGUUCUGA